AAAAGUACUUACGUAAUGUGUUGUUCGUAAUAAAAAAAGUUGACUGCGAAUUGAACAAGAACCCGUUGUUCUUGCCUUGAUUUGGUAAUCAGCGUCAUCGUCGAAAAUCGUAAUAGCUUGUAAGCGAAGACUGUUCUCUUCCCCGUUUGUGACGUUCCCUUCAAUCUCCUCCAAGAUCGAUCAGCGUCGGAGUUUACCAGAUUCCGAUCCAUCUUCCGAAUUAGUGAAAUAGGGAUUAGAAAUUGGAAUUGGUGGUGCGAUUCGCGGAUGCAGUGAGAAAUGAGAUGAAGAGGGCCUUCCGACGAACUGCUUUUGUUCUGAUGAGGGAGUUGUCAUGGCGUUGCUUUGGGCACAAAAUCGAUUGGCGAAGAUUCUUCGUUCUGGUGGCUAUUUUGACUGUAUCUGCUUUCGUGUUUCAGACGCUUGUUCAUGCUUAUUUAGCUCUGCCAAACAGACCGUUACAUUCUCCUCAUCAAUCUAAUAGCUCCCUACAAGGGGGGAGGCUUCAAAAGGUUCACCUCACUCUUACUGACUCUGUUAUUUCACCUAAUGCGUCUAACAAGUUGAUCCAAUCAUUCUCAGUUCAGCUAGAGAAUGCAGAACUAGAAGCCCCAAUCCAAAGGAAGAAUUCCGUAUCUGCGAGAAAAAAGGACAAAAAUCUUGCUGGUACAACGAAAGUCGCAACAUCUUUAUCUCCUCCAAGACAUGUUCCUAAACAGAGACACAUACAGUUGUUGCCACCUAACAAGGCCCUUGUGCAAGCAAAGAAAGAGAUUGAUCGUGCACCUUCAGUUAAUGAGGAUCCUGAUAUUUAUGCUCCUAUUUUUAGGAACAUUUCGGUUUUCAAAAGGAGCUAUGAAUUGAUGGAAAUGAUACUUAAAGUAUAUAUAUAUCGUGAUGGAUCAAGGCCCAUUUUUCACAAACCACCCCUUAAGGGAAUUUAUGCUUCUGAAGGAUGGUUUAUGAAGUUAAUGGAGGAAAAUAAGCAAUUUGUCACCAAGGAUCCUGAGAAGGCUCACUUAUUUUACCUUCCAUACAGUGCACGCCAAAUGGGAUUGACACUCUAUGUUCCUGGGUCACAUGAUUUAAAACCACUAUCAAUCUUUCUUAGGGACUAUGUGAACAAGAUUGCUGCAAAGUAUCCGUUCUGGAAUCGCACGCAAGGGUCAGACCAUUUCCUUGUUGCUUGCCAUGAUUGGGGUCCUUACACUGUGACUGGACAUGAGGAACUAAAAAGAAACACCAUUAAAGCUCUAUGUAAUGCUGAUUUGUCCGAAGGAGUCUUUGUUGCAGGAAGAGAUGUUUCCCUACCAGAAACUACCAUAAGGGCACCAAGAAGACCUCUUAGAUAUCUUGGUGGGAAUAGAGUAUCACUACGUCCAAUCCUUGCUUUCUUUGCUGGAAGCAUGCAUGGUAGAGUGCGUCCUACUCUUCUUACGUAUUGGGGUGGUGGAAAAGAUGAAGACAUGAAAAUCUACAAGCGUUUACCUCUGAGAGUUUCCCAGAGGAUGACUUAUAUCCAGCACAUGAAGUCAAGUAAAUAUUGUGUGUGUCCAAUGGGCUUUGAAGUUAAUAGCCCCAGGAUCGUUGAAGCCAUAUAUUACGAGUGUGUUCCCGUUAUCAUCGCAGAUAAUUUUGUUCUUCCUUUUAGUGAAGUUCUGGAUUGGAGUGCUUUUUCCGUGGUGGUGGCCGAGAAGGAUAUUCCCAGGUUGAAGGAAAUUUUACUGUCCAUCCCUCUAAGAAAAUAUCUUACAAUGCAAAAUAAUGUGAAGAUGGUACAGAAGCAUUUCCUUUGGAACCCAAGACCAAUAAGAUAUGAUCUGUUUCACAUGAUUUUGCAUUCAAUAUGGUUCAACAAGCUGAACCAGACUCAACCUUCGCAAAUAUAGAAAUCAUUUUGGUAUUGGGUUGUUUAAUUUGACAGCAGGAAUCUUGUUUGGAGAGGUCAUAGAAAGAGUCAAAAGUAUUGUUGAUGGGGACAAUGCAGGGACUUAAGCAGCAUUUUGUUGCUUAAGGACGGGCUUCACGCAUAAGAAAAUUGAUUGAUUUAAUUUAAUUUAUUAAUUGGGUUGGAUACUUGAUGCGUGGAAAGUCCUCGUAUAAGGAUAGAUGGUUGAUUAUGACCCAGGUAGAACUGUAGAGAGGAGGAGAUUUUUUAAUUUUAUGUUGUUUAGCUCAAAAAUUGGAGAGCAGGGAAAGGAAAAUAUAUUUUUGGAUUGGAGUUAUCUUCACGUUGUAUUUUAUCUCUUAUCUCGUUUAUAUAUAAUGGUUUAUUAUUUAUAUUUUC